AUGAAUUCUGAAGCAACAAGCCAAGAAGCAUUACCUGAAUAUAAAAAGAAGGUCCAAUGGACCCCAGGAUUGGAAUUAAGUUUGAUGUCUAUCAUGAAGUAUUAUAAACCAUUUGGUAUGUGUUAUUUAUGUUUAUUUAUAUUGUACAUUUAAUACUAAUGGUAACGUAUGUAUACUGCUACGAGAGAAGUAAACCGUGUCCCGACCGAAACGCGUUCCAUUGUGCGCAUUCCCACCAAUUUGAAUUACCGAUGUAGUACGAUCACAAUCGUUAACAGCUGUAUAGAGUGUAUUAUAACAGUAUUAUAAUGUAUCCUCGAAAUAGUGAGUGUCACUUGUUUGAACCGCGCGCUUGCUUUGACAACUGUUGUAUACUUCCUAAGAUUUUGUAGUUUUGUUGUUUAUUUUUUUAAAAAAUGAACAUUUCCAAUGAAGCAUCGUCAUCAGUAAAUUAUGCUUCUACAACUGCUAAACAAAACAUUGAUUGUUCAGAAAUAUUGUCACCCAUUAGAAAAAAUAUAAAUAUAUAAUAUAUUAUCACUCUGUAUGUAUAUACUUGUGCCACGCUGUAUGCACGCCACAGCGUGAUACUGAAUGGCGCAAAGUGGGAGAAAUGGGACCCGUAACAGUCGCUGCCGUAAGUGUGCGUGCGCGAAACGGUUUACUUCUCUCGUGGUUUAUAGUAUAGUGUUUACUUUAAAAAUUAAAACAUUACUUUAUAAUACUUUAUAAUCUGUUUAUGGUUUAAAUAUAUUAAAUUAUGUGGGUAACUUUUUUAAAGCUUGCUUCUACAAUAUCUAGAAUUCACUGAUUGCUGAAAUAGCUAUAGAUCAGUUAUUAUUUCGAAUCACUAAUUAAUAUCAAAUACUAUAAAUGAUAUUACCGGAAAGUCAAUAAUAAUCAUCAGAGACAUACAGAGUCCUCAAUUUUACUAUUGGUUGUCUUAUUAUUAUUAUUUUUGUUACCAUUCGGUACGUGUUAGAGUACAUGCUAAGUAUCAAUUGCAAUAAUCAACUUUUAAUGCAAUAUCAUUUUUAGAUUCCAAGAAAAGCGAGGGAGCUAUUGGUUUUACAAUAAUGUUUAUUUCUUUCUUUCUUUUUUCUUUUUCUAGUCUGUGGACACAUUUUUUCCUAGUAAUCUUGCUCUGAUGUUUACGUGUAACAUCUCUUCUGAAAGCUCAAGUUGUCUAUAUUGUACCUUAGGGAGAUAAUUUUUCUAAUUUUCAACGCCAUUUUUUUAAACAAAAGCACUAAAGUGGGAAAAAACGUAGGAAAACGUACAAUUUCAGGAUUUCAUUAUUUUAUAAAAACACGGAUAACAUUUUCUACAAGAAAAAAUUAUUUAAUCGAAAAAUCACAAGACACCUUUUUUUUUACCUGUAUCAUCGUCCAAAAAAUGCUCUUAAAAACACUAAAACUUUAUUUUUUAAUUUGUUUUUCAGUAAAAAAAUAAAAUACCUAUAUUUCUAAUUUUGGAGUGCCCUAACUUUUAUCUAAUGUACUUGUAUUCACUAAAAACAAUGCAAACGAAAAUUGACACAGACCAUUAGUUUCAAAGUCUGAAGUUUUUGAUUUUGGUUAAGUUGCAUAAUUUGUGAAUACUGUGAAACAAGGCUUAACAUGGCACUUGAGGAACUAUAACUAUUAUAAUAUAACUGUUGCACCUUUUUUUUGUCACCUAAUAUUUAAUAUUUAUGCUGAUAAUUGUCAUAAAGUUUUUUUAAGAUGUUUUUUAUAUGUUUAUUUAAGUAAUAUAUUUUCAAUUUAAUGAAACAAAGAAUAUCUUGGUACAUCAUCAUUGUAACUUCAAAUCAAUUUUAUCAUACAAAAUAAUUCAAGUGAGAGUAACCCCACUGAUUUUCUUGGUGCACUGAAAAUGCAUUUAUCUUCAAAUUACAAUAAUCUCUAAAAAGUUUUCAGAAAUAUUCUAAUUACACCAUCAUUUAUAUUCUAUAGCAUUUUAAAUCCUGUCAUUUAAAUAAAAAAUAAUAAAAGAGCUGAUAUUGGAGACAGGUAUGGAUUACUGUUUUAGAUAGGUAGUUGACAAGGUGAAAUAAAUAAUGUUAUUUAGUUAAACCUGUAACCAAUAAUAAAUAACCAUUCUUAACAAAAAAUAAUUUGGAGCAAAUAUUUGGUUAUACAUAUUUUGAAAGGCAGUAUAAUAUUUACAAUUUUUAUCAAAAUUUGAUUUUAAAACUAUUAUAAAAACAGAAUAAUACAUCACAUUUAAAUUUUUACUACUUUACCACUAAAUACCACUUAUAAUGAACUUCCUGAUAAAUUUUCAAUAAUUUCAGUUUAGUCUAAACUAAAAAACUAACAAAAUUAAAAUGUCUAUUAAUAACUCAAAAAUAGCUCAAAUGUUUCAAAAAUUUUACUACAUCUAGAAAAAGCAAAUAUAGGCUUUCUGUUCAAAUUUCAAAUCUGAGAGCAUUUUAAACUGAUUUACAAAAAAAAAAAUUUGUGGAAAUAAUAAAAGCAUUAUUUUCCUAAAUUUUACAGUUCUUUUUAUGAUUUUUUUUCUGUUUUGUUCAAUUUUUAAAAAGAAAAAAAUUCAAUAAAAAAGUAGACCCAGGCCACUGAAGUCAGAAUGACACUGUUGGUGAAUAUAUUUUGAAAAAGAGAGAACCUUUAUCCUAAAUCUUCUGAGAAAAUCAGGGCAGUUUUAAAAUUUAUAAAAUCACUAGUUUGAAGAUCUUUUGAAAGGCUCUCCAUUGUUGCUACUUCUCCUAACCAUAAUUUCUGACAGUUAUAGUAAAAUAUAACGUUUUGAAAACAAAAUAAAUGCAUUAUACAGUAAAUUACCAUUUUAUUUUAAAAUUUAUAAUAAUACCCAAAAAUCAAAAUAAAUAACAUUUUUGAACUCAUUAGGAUAUACUCAAAUUUAUCUCUGAUCUUUUAGAUAAAUUCAGUAAAAAAAAAAACAUGUAAGUGAAUGAACUUCCAAAAUGGUUGAAAUGCAUAAUGGAUACUAUAUCAUAUUUUAUAUUAAUUUGUUAAAUUAAUGUUUUUAUUUUAAUUCAUUUGUGUGUUUUGUUUUAGGACAAAAUAAAUUUUUAAAUAUAAUGAUUGUUCAAGAAAAUAUCAGAAAAGAACUAAAUAUUAUCAUGCCCUUUAAAUUUUUAAUGAAAUAUGUGUUUUCAAAAUGGCAUGCAGAAGCUGUGGUAAAUGAUAAACUUGAUUGAUAACAUUCUAUUUUAUUUUAUGAAUAGUUUUAAUUUACAUAAGUAUCUAAUUACUUUUUAAAGAAAAACAGAGCAUAUAGAGUAUAAGUUUGAAAGAACAGGACAAGACAGCUAAAGAUAAUAAGUAGUAAUAUUAUAUAUCAUGUUGAUAGUUUUAAGUGCCUAGGAUCAUUUGGACAAAAUAACUGUAGUUUUGACAAAGAUAUGAAACAUAGUAUUAAGUGUGGUUGGAUAAAGUGAAGAGAAGUAUUAGUUGAUUUAGUUGAUAAGAGAAUUUCAAUUAGUUUUAAAGUUAAGUUCUACAAGAGUGUGUAGAAAAGGAUUAUGUUGUGUUUCAGAGUGUUGCACAAUAGACAGAAAAAUAGAACAGAAAAUGAGUUUAAUAGAGAUUAGAAUUUUUAGGUAGAGAAAUUUAGUAACAAGAGAAAAUAGGAUAAGUAAUGAAUACAUAGUGGUUAGAGGUAGUAGACAAAAUGAGAAAAAAUAGACCAAGAUGGUUUGGACAUGACAUGAGGAGAGAGAAAUCAGAAUAAGUAAUAAUAGUAAUGAAAAUAAAUGUAGUUGGAAAUAGAAGAAUACAAAGAUCAAAAAAGAGGUGGUUUAUUUGAUUGAGAAUGAGGACAGUGGAUGUAUGAAAGAAGGAAUUGGGGGAUUAGGUCAAGUGGAAUUUUAAAAAUUGAGUGCAGCCAACCCAAAAUAGUUGGGAUGAAGGCAUAAGAAAGAAGAAAAAAAUAUAUAAUUACUUUUUACAUUACAGGACGAUAAAUUUCUGUCACAUUUUAAUAUAAGUCAAGAACCAUUUAAAUUAUCAGUAGAAUAUGAUGAAUUAGUUACAGAAAAGUUGAAUGAAAUGAAAAAAAAGAAGGUGGAAGAUGGUAAGUAAAUUGGAUAGUCUUAGGAUAUAGAUUAUUAUUAGUAUAAGUAUUUUAUUUAAUAUUCUUUUAAGGUAUAAAUAAUAAAAUUAAGAACAGAAAGUUAUUCAGUGGUCCAAGAAAAACAAACUUUAAAUCUGUGUCUUCAUCAAAUUUAAAGGCUGGUCCUUCUUCAUCCAAAGUAAGUAAGAAAAAACUUGAAAAAAUUCCAAGCAUUAGAAGAUCAUUGCGUACAUAUAAAAUACAUGAGAAGAAAAAACUGCAAGGUUCAACCAAAAUAAUAAAGAAAUUACCAAAAAGGAAUAAAAAAACUUGUACAAAAAAGGUAACAGAUUUAAAAAAACCGAAAAACAAAAUUCAAAAUCAGCCUAAAGAUUUAAAAAAAAAAAGAGUUUCAAUUGUAAAAAAAAAAACCUAUAAUUUGUCUUUAUCUAGUUCUAGCUCUUAUGAUAGCAAACAGUCUUUAAAUGACAAUUUAACUUAUUCAAAUACUUCAGAUGACUCAUCAAGAUCAGUAACUCCAAAAUUAUUAAGAAGUAAAACUUCAAACCAAUCUGUUUCACCUGAAACAAACAGUAUAAAAAAAAAAUUACGUUCUAGUGACAAAACUAAAAAACCAAAAUUUCGUUCAGAAAAAAAAGUACACACAAAUUAUUAA